UAGAUCGUCUCCUCAGCUGCUGCUGCUUAUGACAGCGGCGGGGGAAGCUGGUGAAAAUACACAGCUUGCUGUUGCAGCGGCUGGGCUGAGGGGGGACGGAUGCACCAGCAGGGGCACGCUCCCUCCAAAGACACACACACACAUACACACACACCUCAUCGUUUCCAGCAGCAUCAAGACACACUCGCUGAAAGAAAAGGGAAACUGCAACCGGAUUGCAGAAAACGGCCUGACACAACAUUACAGCAAACUGCUGGGAUUAACUCCAAACAGAGUCGAUUCUUCUUCACCAGCUGGUCACUCUUCUGCUACUGUUAACCCUGGAGGGAAGAUCAUCACUCGGGGUCUGACUUACACAAACAUGGACAAGAAACAAAAAUGGACUCCAGGUCUUGAAGCUGUAUUAUUGAUAUUGCUGAGUCACAUGACUGCAGGGCUUGAAGUUCCUCUUGACCCUAAAGUGCUGGAAGGAUUGCCCCAACCCCCCACCAUAACUCUGCAGUCCCCGAAGGAUUAUAUCUUUGAUCCACGGGAGAACAUCGUCAUUCACUGCGAGGCCAAAGGGAAGCCUCAUCCCAGCUUUUCAUGGACAAGGAACGGCACCAACUUUGAUGUGGAGAAGGACUCCAAAGUCCUGAUGAAGCCCGGUUCAGGAACGCUGGUCAUUGAUAUCAGUGGAGAAAAGGCUGAUGCCUACGAGGGAACAUACCAGUGUACAGCUAGCAAUGAGCACGGCAAAGCUCUGUCCAAUACCAUUAUGAUCAGGCAGUCAAGGUCCCCCUUGUGGUCAAAGGAGAAAAAUGAAGCGAUUUCGGUGCAGAAGGGGGUUUCUCUCGUGCUUCCGUGUCGACCCCCGGCAGGCCUGCCUCCUCCUGUCAUUUUUUGGAUGGAUAACAACUUCCAGAAGCUGCCGCUGAAUAAGCGGGUGUCCCAGGCCCUGAACGGAGACCUGUACUUUUCCAACGUUCUCCCAGAAGACACCCGGAGCGAUUACAUCUGCUACGCUCGCUUUCCAUACACGCAGACCAUCCAGCAGAAGCAGCCCAUCUCUGUCGUUGUGCUCAACAGUAAUCCAGAGGGGGAGCGUCGCCCCGGUUUCAAGUUGCCGAGCGGCAGCACGAGCAACAAGAUGGUUCUGAGAGGAGAGACUCUUGAACUGGAAUGCAUCGCUGAGGGAUUACCCACUCCUGAUAUUUCAUGGCAGAAGGAUGCAGGGAAGCUGCCGAGUGGCAGGGCGCUCUUUUCCAACUUCAACAAAACGCUGAAGAUUUCCAACGUGAAUGAAGACGAUGCCGGCGAAUACCGCUGCACGGCGACUAACAAGCUGGGCUCUGCGCAUCACCUAAUUAAAGUCGCCGUUAAAGCUGCUCCUUUCUGGAUCAGUGCUCCCAGGAACCUGAUACUGGCUCCGAAUGAGACCGGCAUCCUAACCUGCCGUGUUAAUGGAAAUCCCAAGCCAAAAAUUAAUUGGUUUGUGAAUGGACGUCCAAUACAGGAUGUUUAUGAAGAAAAUGGCCCAAAGAUAGAGGAGGACACCGUGAUUCUCAGCAACGUGCAGUCGGGAAGCAGUGCCGUCUUCCAGUGCAAUGCAUCCAAUGAGUUUGGUUACUUGAUGGCCAAUGCGUUUGUCAAUGUGCUGGCUGAAGCACCAAGAGUUCUCACUCUGCCAAACCAAGUGUACCGAGUCAUCAUGAACCACCGGGCGCUGCUCGACUGCGCCUCCUUCGGCUCACCAAUACCAACCAUCGCAUGGUUUAAAGAUGGUCAGACCAACAUAAAGGACGGCGACUCCUAUGUGAUCCAUGAGAACGGCACACUGGAAAUCAACGUGGCCCAGCCUCUACACAGUGGGAAGUACACCUGCACCGCCACCAAUAACCUAGGAUUCAAAGAGAAUGAUGUCUUCCUGGAAGUUAAAGAACCCACUCGCAUCCUCACCCAGCCGACGUACAAGAAGGUGCAGAGAGGAAUGAGUGCUCUGUUUGAGUGUAAAGUCAAACACGACAAGACCCUUAUGCCCACCAUGACAUGGCUGAAAGACAACGGAGAGUUACCGGACGAUCAGAGGUUUGAGGUGGGCGAUGAGAGUCUGAUCAUCAGAGAUGUGACGGAUGAUGACGCAGGCACUUACACCUGCAUCACAAACACCAUUCUGGAUCAGGACUCUGCGAGUGCUACACUGACUGUUGUUGAGGCAACUCCUCCUCCACCAGUUGUGUUAGAAAAGCCGGACCCUCCGACUGACCUGGAGCUCACCGACCAGAUGGAGAGAAGUGUUCAGCUCACCUGGAUCCCUGGAGAUGAAAACAACAGUCCAAUACAGAACUUUUUGAUUGAAUACAUGGAUCUACUCCACCAGCCAGGAGUUUGGGUCAACCUCACAGAAGUUUCUGGUACCACCACCACGGCCCGGCUCCAGCUCUCUCCGUACGUCUACUACACGUUCAGAGUGCUGGCUCAGAAUGACGUCGGCUACAGCGACCCCAGUGAGCCCUCUGCACAGUACAGGACCAACCCUUCAGCUCCGGAUGAAAAUCCAACAAAUGUGGAAGGAGCAGGAACCGAGUCUGACAACUUGGUCAUCUCUUGGAAGCCCCUCACAGGAUUUCAGUCAAACGGUCCGGGACUGCAGUACAAGGUGCAGUGGAGACAAAAGGACGUGGAAGACGACUGGACCUCGAAGAACGUUCUCAACGAUUCCCAGCUCAUUGUUUCUGGAACACCAACCUAUGUGGCCUAUGAAAUAAAAGUUCAGGCCUUUAACAACUACGGCAACGCGCCUGAACCCACAGUUGUGAUUGGAUACUCGGGAGAAGACAAGCCUUUGUCUGCUCCUGGUAGAGUCCAGGUCACUGUUCCCAACAGCACACUGGCAGAAGUUCAGUGGGAACCGGUAUCAAACCCCUCUGUCCGAGGUGAACUUCAAGGAUACAGGGUGUACUACCGUCGGGUGCGAGGCCAGCAAGACCAACAGGAAGAAGCAGACGAGCAGGAGCAAAUUUUGACUUUCAGCGGUAACCGCAGUGAGGGAAUGCUGCCAGGGCUUCAGCCUUACAGCGUCUACGACCUCUUCAUCAAGGUGUUCAAUAACAAAGGAGAAGGACCUCCCAGCCCCAAAAAGACCUUUGAAACCCCCGAAGGAGUUCCAGAUCUUCCUUCUUUUUUGAGUGUGACUGACCACGGUUUGGACACUCUUACGCUAAAGUGGGGCCCACCUUUGAGCAACAAUGGACGCCUUACAGGAUACACUCUCAAAUACCACCCUGGUAGGGUUAACACCACAAGUGAACUGGGACCAGUCAAGGAAGUGACCUUUCCAGCCAACGUGACCACCAUCACACUGACCAGCCUGAACACAAGCGUGCUCUAUAAGUUUUACUUGAAGGCUCGGACAAGAAAAGGCCCCGGCCCUGAAAUCACAGAAGAGGCGUCUACAGCCAUGGAUACAGCUCUUAUUCAGCCCACUAUACAGCCAGGCAAAGGCCCCACAGAGCCCCCUCACCCAACCUCCCCCAUCACUCUGUCUCUACAUCCCCCGCUUCACAAGGUGACUUCUGCUGGGUCUGUGUUCGGAACGGUUAACGCAUCUGUGUCAGAGGAAGGCCUAGUGAUCAGUUGGGAAUACUUUGGACACAAUAAGAAUUUAUUUGUGGAAUAUGCUGUAGAAAACAGUGAUGAGUGGAAAAGGGAGUCAGUAAAUGGUACACAUUCGCAUACUAUAAAAGGCCUAAAGCCUGGGACAUCCUAUUCUGUGCGCGUGGUAGCUAGAGAUGGCGCCGGCCCGGCGGUCCACAAGACCAAUGAAGUGUCGGUCACAGUGCCAGCUGUCCCCAACCGGCAGGUAGACAUCGCCACGCAGGGCUGGUUCAUCGGACUGAUGUGCGCCAUCGCUCUGCUGAUCUUGGUGCUUCUCAUCGUAUGCUUCAUCAAGAGAAACAAAGGUGGCAAAUAUCCAGUUAAAGAGAAAGAAGAUGCCCAUCAAGACCCAGAGAUCCAGCCUAUGAAGGAGGACGAUGGGACAUUCGGGGAGUACAGGUCAAUGGAGAGUGACACUGAGGACCACAAGCCACUGAAGGGCAGCCGGACGCCAUCCAACGGGACGGUGCGGCGCGACGAGAGCGACGACAGUUUAGUGGACUACGGGGAGGGCGGGGACGGACAGUUCAACGAGGACGGCUCCUUCAUCGGCCAGUACAGCGGCAAGAAGGAGAAGGACACGCACGAGGGCAACGAGAGUUCGGAGGCGCCGUCGCCCGUCAACGCCAUGAACUCGUUUGUCUAACGCGGCCGCCCUCCUGGCUGCGGCGGUUGCUACGGUAGUCCCCGCGUCACCCUGGCAAAUGUGAUCAUCCCGGUGGUGACAGUUGCUAAGGCGACAGCCGUCGUCGCGGGCACCUACCUUUACCCUGUGGUUGCCGUCACUCUGGUGGUCAAGGCUGCCUUUACGCCAAGACUGCUGACAUGUCCUCAUCUCCACACCCCGGCAGCCCCAGUCGCACUGUGACCUACCAGUGAACACACACUUAAGAAUCCCCCACAACCAUUAAAAGAAGAAAAGAGACGGCGAGCAAUACUGAAAAGCAGACGAAAUGUGCCAGAGGGGAUUUUACCACUCAGACUGAAACAAGGCCAAGUGUACGUGUGCGUGUUAGUGAUCUCUUAACAAACAUCAUAAAUAUAGCGAAUAUAUAUAAAUAUAUAUAUAUAUAUAUAUUUGAUGGAAGUAUGGCAUAUGAUCCGCAGGCAGGCUAAUAUAAGUGAAUCACAUUCAUAAGCAACUGCAUGGAGCAAAUUGUGUGUCUGUUAAGCAUUUUACUUUCCUCUUGUCUCCUUUUUUUUUUUUUUUUUU